AUGAAUAGAGGCAGAGGCGGCUUUAGAGGCGGCCGGGGUGGUGCUGGCGGAAGACCAAACUUCCAACAAGGUCCACCAGAUACAGUUUUGGAAAUGGGAUCUUUUAUGCAAGCAUGUGAGGGAGAUAUAGUAUGUCGUUCAAUCAAUGUCAAAAUACCCUACUUCAAUGCUCCAAUUUACUUAGAAAACAAAACACAAGUUGGAAAAGUUGACGAAAUAUUAGGACCGUUGAACGAGGUCUUUUUCACAAUAAAACCGUCUGAAGGAGUCAAAGCCGAAUCGUUCAAGGAGGGAGAUAAAUUUUACAUUGGACCUGAUAAACUUUUACCAUUGGAAAGAUUUUUGCCUAAACCUCCAUCGAUAGGACCUAAACCAAAGAGAAAACCUGGUGCUGGUGGUUCUGGUGGCCGUGGUGGCCGUGGCGGAAGCAGAGGUGGCUUUGGUGGUCGUGGUGGAGCUAGAGGUGGAAGUAGGGGAGGCUUUGGUGGCUCAAGAGGUGGUUUCGGCGGUCGUGGUGGCUCAAGAGGAGGAAGUAGGGGAGGUUUUGGUGGUCGUGGUGGAUCCCGCGGCGGAUCUAGAGGUGGAAGAGGAAGAUUUUAA